CUUACUCUAAUUCUCCUAAUCAACUACUCUAGUCAUCCGUCUUCUCUCCUCCUCAAGUACAUAUCUCUGCUCAUCAAGCCAAGAAUAUAGCAGAAUGAAUUGAACAAGCUUCGACAUACACAUGUACUUCGCUGGAGCUAGCCAGUUUAAUAAUCUCCCGAAAUGACAAGUCUGCAACUUCAUCUCAUCCUCGGAAUCACCAGUGAUUAUUCCUCGUUUCAUAACCACUGGACCUCGGUCUAACUCCGUUUGUUGCUUUAUUAAUAUCGUUGUCAUGGCUUCUAUCUUACCUCGUUCCUCUACUACUCCAGAGCUUAGCUCAUCCCAGGUCCUAAUCUCAGAUAGCCAUUACGACCCUACCUAUGGACUUUUACCCAGUCAUCAUUUCCAGAACCAUAGAAGGUUCACACGCUUUCUGGAAGACUCGUUCAAGAAUUUUGAAAGAGACAAUAACCAACAAUAUGUCAUGGUAGGAGGCGUGACUGAAAAAAUUAUCGACUGGCUCGAUGCAAACCAUCGGCGACUUCCUCCAAUGCGAUUGUGCUAUGAUGAUCCCACGGGAAAACUCAUCAUCAAGUUUGUUUCACGGCGCCAUGAGAGACUCCACACGCAACUUAUGUUUAUCAUCUGUGAGCAGUUGCGAAACAUGGGACUCGAAUUUAAUGAGUUUGUGGUCGAAGGCGCUGGUCGUCAACAGGGCAAUAAUUCGCGUCAAAAAGAACCAGACAAUAGUUUCUGUCCUACCAACACGCGUCCGAAUAAAGAUGACUGCUCGACACUUGUUAUUGAGGCUGGCCUCAGUGAAGGCCUCAAUAAGUUGCGUAAUGAUGCGCAUUUCUGGCUAACUCAGACUAAUGAGCGCAUUAAGAUUGUCAUACUCAUACAUGGCUCUAUUGAUCGCAAAAUAAUCACCAUCGAAAGAUGGCAAAACGUUUCUCAUCCACGGCCACAGCGGACAAGAUCAGCAAAUCCAGCCAAAAGACCCACCAGAAUACAGCAAUUGACGAUUAUGAAACCAAACGAUAGUCCGCCAAUUGUUACCAAUGCUCCACUGAUACUUCCGCUGAGUGAGAUUUUUGAUACCAAACCUCCUAGAAUCAUGCAAGAUGAAAUCUCACUUCCGGACUCGGUCCUCGAGCAAUAUGCCGGGGCCUUCUUUUUGACCCUGCCAUAAUAUUUUUCUCUGUACUGACUACCACAAGAAAGUGGUCGUAGACAGAAAACAAGUGGAAUUCGUCGGGCACACUUUGAUAUGCUGCAGGGAUAGAGAGCAACGGUAUAUCGUCCAUAUGCAAUGGGCGCUGAGUUCCCCAUGCGUUGCGGAACGUGGUUAGAGACAUAAUGUUUAUGGAGUCUUCCGCCAAAGUGCUUUCCAACUUGAUGAACGCCGUAGGAUUUCAUGAUGAUAACGCAUUUAUUAUGCCUGCCUUUUAUUCUAGUAUGGCUACUAGGCAGCUAUCUACCACCUAUCGCCCCCUAAUGGUCCUAUAGCUAGUUACCUUAUAGAAUAGAACCUUGGCUUUUCCC